CCCUAAGACCUGAUGGACUUCUGAGAGCUCUCUGGUGACAUCGCCGGGAAGAGCAUGGUUAAACACCAGCCUCUGCAGUACUACGAGCCGCAGCUAUGUUUGUCGUGUCUGACUGGGAUUUACGGUUGCCGUUGGAAACGAUACCAGCGGUCACAUGACGACACCACCAAGUGGGAACGCCUCUGGUUCUUAAUCCUCACCUUCACUUUCUUCCUGACGCUCGUCUGGUUUUAUUUCUGGUGGGAAGUCCACAAUGACUACAAUGAAAUCAACUGGUUUUUAUAUAACAGAAUGGGAUACUGGAGCGACUGGUCCGUUCCGAUACUGGUUACGACAGCUGCCGGUUUCACGUAUAUCACGGCCUUGUUGAUUUUAGCACUAUGUCACAUAGCAGUGAGACAGCAACUGAACCUACACUGGAUCCACAAGAUUGGGUUGAUAACCACCUUUAUAGUCACCGUCAUCACGAUGUGUUCAAUAGCUCAGCUCUGGGAUGACGAAUGGGACAUGGUCAUAAUAUCGUUACAGGCCACAGCUCCCUUUCUGCACAUCGGAGCCCUGGUAGCCGUCACCGCUCUGUCGUGGUUGAUAUCCGGGCAGGUCGCGAGACCAGAAAGAGCCGGUUCCCAGAUGCUGACGUUCACGGCCUACUUUGCAGUCGUCCUUGGGCUUUACCUCCUGCCCCUCACCAUCUACUCCCCUUGCAUCAUGGAGAGGAAGGAUCUCACACCCAAACCCACCAUCAUUGGUCACCGGGGCGCUCCCAUGCUGGCACCCGAAAACACGCUGAUGUCCUUCCAGAAGGCGGUGGAGCAAAAGAUCUACGGCGUGCAGGCGGACGUGGUGAUCAGUUACGAUGGGGUGCCUUUCCUAAUGCACGAUGAGACGCUGCGGAGGACCACCAACGUGGAGGAGGUGUUUCCAGAGCUGGCCUCUGCGCAUUCUUCCAUGUUCAACUGGACGGACCUAGAGAGUUUGAACGCCGGCGAAUGGUUCUUCGAGGACGACCCUUUCUGGACCGCCAGUUCCCUCUCGGCUUCCGACGCCACGCAAGCCAGAAACCAGUCCAUCUGUAAGCUGGCUGACAUGCUGGAGUUGAUCAGGGACAAUGCCACUGUUCUCUUGAACCUCCAUACUUUGCCCUGGGAUCAUCCGUUCUACAGCGCUUUCCUCAACAUCACCCUGGAAACGGUUCUGAGUUCGGGCAUACCACAGCAGGCGGUGAUGUGGCUGCCUGAUGCAGAAGAAAGGCUGGUUCAGGUUUCUCCAGGGUUCCAGCAGACCGCCAGCACCAAGGCCGACGCGCAGAAGUUGCGGGAUGAAGGCUUCCAAAAACUGAAUCUGCGGUACACCAAGGUCACCAGUGAAGAUAUCAGGGAGUACGCGGCCGCUAAUCUGAGCGUGAACCUGUACACCGUGAACGAGCCGUGGCUUUACUCUGUCCUGUGGUGCGCCGGAGUUCAAUCCGUCACCUCCGAUAACUCUCACGCCCUCAGCAGGCUGACUUCUCCCCUCUGGCUAAUGCCUCUGGAUGAGUACUAUCUAAUCUGGAUAACAGCCGAUCUCAUUUCAUUUACCGUAAUUGUAGGCGUUUUUAUAUUCCAGAAGUGGCGCCUGGGUAGCAUCAGGACCUACAACCCUGAGCAGAUCAUGCUGAGCGCGGCGGUGCACCGGUCCAGCCGGGAUGUCAACAUCAUGAAAGAGAAGCUGAUCUUUUCAGAAAUCAACAACGGAGUGGAGACGACGGACGAGCUGUCGCUGUGCUCGGAGAACGGCUAUGCCAAUGAAGUUGUCACGCCCAUGGACCACAGAGAUGUGAAGCUACGUCUCGACUGAAGGGCAGGAAGCGGCGGGCUCAGGAACGCCACACUCUUCCUUGGUGCAACAGCAGGCGUGGAUCGGACUCCUCCCCUACCGAAACCGUUACCGUAGCGGACUUCCUGAGAGUGGCCUGGUGCCUCUCUGGAAACCGAAGCUGGGCUGGGUUUUGUUUUUUGUAAAUAGAUCCCCUUUUUUCUGGUCCUUUUCCUUGCGUCUUUGGGGCGGGGGAGUGUACAUAUCCGCAAGGAGGAAGCCGGCGAUCGGAAAUGCCGCCUUCUGGCUGGGCCAGCCAACGACCGUUCGGGACACAGGGACAUGCCAGUGGGUGAAAGAACCCUCUUGUGUUCUCCGCUCCCCUCCUUGGUGCGGCAAUUGUUAGCUGACCUUAUUUAAAUAUGUAUGUUGUGAA